AAUCCUUCUUCCACGGCCGCCCACUGAAUGUCGCGUGAGGUCGUGGGUGGCUGUCACAUGCCAAGGCAGCCAUCUGCAGGCAAGCAUCAUCGGUGCGUGGUGAACCCUCGCGGGGUUCGCUACCGAAAAGUGGCAGAGCUCAAGUCUCCCAGCCCUGUUCCACUGUGCAUUCCCUCACAACCACUCCCAGCUCCUCUGAUUACUUAUGUGGUGAGAAUUCGCUUCGAGUCUUGUCCACGGUCUUACCUUCUUAAAGAGGUUACCUCCAACUGCGAAUCUCGCGACCCGGCAGAAACCAGCCAGAUAAGCUUGCGCCAGCUCUCCUCUCCUCUCCCUGUGAUUUCUCGAUCAACCGCAAACCCCAGACGAGUUCGCGUUCCUGAGGAUUCUUCAAAAUGGCCCAAGGCGCAGCAAAUAACUUUGCGCAAUUCAUGGUGGUAGGACCAACAUGUUUCUUCCUCGGUAUCAUGUUUGCGCAACUCCCAUACGACUAUAAUGUGCUAUGGACCAUGCCCGCCGACCGAUCAGCCUACUUCGACAUCCUUGAAUCGCACAUCAAGUUCCUCUAUGCCUCGCCUCCCAUCGUGUCGCGCAUCCUCAACCUAGCCAUCGGUACCGGCCUCCUCGGCUUCCUCAUUAAGCUUUUCAAGCCCAACCAAGCCAACAUGCUCUUCGAUGGCGCAUCCCUCGUACUCUACAUGGCUGGUAUUACCGUCUACCUGACCAACAUCGUCAAGGGUUUCAGGGUCGUCACAGCGGGUAUCUAUGGUGACGUGAACAAGGCGGCGCCGGGUGAGAUCACGGACGAAGAUAUGGGAGACUACAUCUCGAGGGAGGACACGCUGAGGGUUUUUGCGGCUAGCAAUACAAUUCUGGCGCUGGUGCUCGUGGGUGUGCUGGUACUGCAGGCCGGGCAGUGGUACGCCAAGAGGGCUGAGGAGAAGGAGAUCGAGGAGUUUGAACGCCAGGCUGCGGAGGCCAAGGGCGCUGGGAAGAAGAAGCAGUAGACAAUGAAUUCGCUGCUAAUGAGGGGGCUUUGGGGUAGCGCUUUCGCAUCUCAAGGAACUCAACUUAGGCCAAGUAGGCUUUCAGUACUUCUUCUCUUCGGUUAUGUGUAGUUAUCAAGAGUUGGGAUCGGUUCGUGGUAUGCGAAACGAGUUGUAUAGGAACAAUUGGGCAUAUAACACUCUUCGUGAGAUGCACUUGUUCAUGACUUGGUAUCUUUCUGGUUCGUCUCUGUGCUUAGUAUCAACAGCCAUUCUCCUCAUGCAUACGAACGCAGUCUCUUUCCGC